AUGCUCAUCGUAGACACUUCAAUUCCUCAUGCUCAACUACCACGACGUCGUGCACGCAGUGAACCCGUUCGUCGUAAUGAAUGCUCAAGUUUUGUACGGUUUCGUAGUCUACGUGAAGCAAAAGCUGUACGUAGAGAUAGCAAAAAACCUCUACGGGUUGAUGUCGUUUCGAUAGCCUCAUCAGCAGAAUCGAAAUUAAGACGACGAAAAAAGAGACGAGAAAGAGCACAAAGGCGUCGCGAAGCUCAGCUAUCAUCAUCGUCUUCUUCCCUCCAAUCCAUGGCGUCCGACGCCAUUCGGCCUCUUAUGGCCGAUCGUUCCAUGUCCACGUCCACUUCUGGAGCUAACGAUGAAGAAGGCUCAUCACCAGAGCUGGCACAGGCCACGGAAUCACCACCGAGCCCUACGAACUUUGCCACAUUAGUGAAUUGCAACAACGGUCGCCUAGGCUCAGAUAUUACACCAUCAGAUCCUGAAGACCUAUCAAAAUUGGACCUCAAAAUUCGACCGGCGAUUAUUGACCGGCUACAUCUGGAUCUUGUUCAACUGCCCGACUCAGCUCCAAACGGUUGGUUCGGUUCCGUGAGUUAUGUGACGGAUUUGGAGCAAUUCGUGCAGAAGUUGCCUGCAAAUGCUUUCGUGGACCCAUUCGAGGAAGAAGAACGAAGGUCUCGGACGGAAAUGUGGGUAGAAUCAACAUCGCCGGGAUAUCCAAGUGAUGCCGAGAAAAAUGAAGCAACGACUGCAAAUGCGGACGGUUCCGAAGAUUCGAUGGAAGUUCCUGAGGUGAAAGUGUCCGAGUGUUCGGAAAAAAGCGUAAGUGCAAGUCCACCUGGCAACACGACCACGUCGACGACGGGUGUCGAUGAGGAAACGCUGCCCCCGUCUGUUCAAAUCCAUAUAAAUGGAGAGCUUCUACCAACGGCUAAGAUCCAGAAAAACGACAUGGAUCGUGUAGAUUCGCUGGCGACAUCUGAGUUGAGCGAAGCCAAUUCAUUGGUCAGCUCUGAGAUGGACAAGGUUAGCCUAAUGCAGUGUCGAUUCAAGGAUAAUAUUCAGCAAGCUGUAGAAGAUGCGAGAAAAGAGGUGGAUUUUGACCAGAUUGAUCGAUUUUGGCGGUAUCGCUACAACAAACCCGAAGCAAAGUCUGAUAAUGAAGAAGAGAAAAAGAAACAAGAAGAGAAGGAUGCUCGUGAGCUUCGACGACGCGCUCGUACGCCGACGAUCGAACGAGUCGUGCUAUACUACACGACAGAUCGCCGCGUGUCGCUGACACCGACGGUGUCGUCACUUUCCGCGUCGCCGGAACCCGCGUCGCAACGCUCACCUGCGCUUUCGGAUUCGGGAAGAAACUUGUUCCUACAGUCAAAACUGCCCCUUUCCAAACGGGAAUCUAACAAUUCGGAGCCGAUAGGGGACAUCCCAGCACCUAUAGUUGUGGUUGUGCCUACGGAGCAGAAUGUUCGAUUGGAGCGCGAUAGCGAUGAUGUGGAAGUAAAGCCAACAAUGGAUGAGUCAGUGAAAGUUAGAGAAACUGUUGCAACAAUUGCACCUAUCUUAGAAGAGGAUAAUAAAUCUGACCAAGACAUGGAUACACAAGCAUCUACAGAUGAAAUAGUUUGCAAUCCCGAAGAUAUUGAAGUAGUAAUGGAACCACCCUCAUAUGCGAAAUUCUUCCGUUUGGACAGAAAUUCCAGUGAGGACUCAGACCAGGGGAAGGUAGUAGUUUUAGACUCCAAACAUCUGCCACCUCAACCUAUUGAGAAAGAGCAUCAACAGCAAGAGGUGCAUCAUCAUCCCGAGCUUAUGGACGAAUCGACGUCGACGGAAGAUCUGGCGGAUUUCCUCAUGGACGUCAUGCUCGCGGAUGGGCGGACCGAUGCGAACGCCAACUAUAAAAGGGAAGUACAGGAUCGCUCGACCACUACUUCACCGUCUCUCGAUUAUCCAAAGCAAGAAAUCGUUGUGAAGCAAAUGCAGGACCAGGCCACUUUUACGUCGUUUUCGCCAUCGAAUUCUCCGCAGCCGCCAACGGUGGUGCUGGAAGAUGCGCCAGAAACCGAUGUUUCGCUGCCGGAUUUUAAUCACUUUUCGGAUCUGGAAAGCUCGUCCGUUGAAGAUCUUCUGGCUAUCGAAACUCGUCCAAGCUCUGUGAAUCGUAAAUCGGUGACGUUUAGCGAUCAGAUCGACGUUGAGGAGACAUCUCUAGAUAUGCGAAAGAAAUCCAUGUCACCCACAUCACCAAAUCCAACGCUAACUAUCAAGCCGAUUUUGAAAAAAGAGGAUAAACAGAGAGAAACUAUGCGUCGAUUACUGGAAUAUGCGGCUGAGAGGCUAUACAGAGAUCUACUAAUGCUAAUCGAGGAAAGAGAUCGCUCCAUACACGCUUUGGAAAUUACUCCGAGCGAAGAGGAAUCUUUAUCCGAAAGGACCACUAUAUUUCAGAGGAAUUACCGUGAAAGACUAAUGGACAACAAGCUCGCUUUGGACAAACGUAUUGACCAGGUUUGGACAAAGCUGAAAGAUAUGCCAAUCGAUGGACAUAAAGCACAUUUGGUUUAUGGUGUACGACAUAGUUCCGAGCUCACAUUGAAUGUGAAACGUCGUCUCAGUACCAUGAUGCAAGGACGAAGAAGUUCCUGUCAGAUCGAGACGAAAGAAAGAAACGAAAUGGAAUUGGCCAGUGAUUUCUCACGUCGUCUCUCACAUGUUCGUGAACAAAUGAUGCGUCGCGAAUCUGAUCCGAAUCCGAUUGAUGAUAAUCGAUCCAUGAAAGAUCUACUUAAUUCUGUUUCUAGAAUAUUCGGUAGCUAUGAAAAACUUACUAGUAAUUGACACAUCGAUGGAAUAAUUGACUUAGCCAUCUGUUGAAUUUGCUCAUCGAUUUUCUUCCAUACGUCUAUUUUUUGAUUACUGUAGAGUCAAGAUUCUGUGACUUCUCCCAUGGAGAACUAAGAGAGCGCAAGCAAGCUCUG